GUGUGAUAAAUAAAAACUGAUAACGAUUUUAAAUAUUAUUUUAUAACGCUGUGGAAAGUCAAGUGCAUUUAUUUUCUCCGCGGGAUUAAUUCGAGGAGAGAAACAUGCUGUGCAAGUUAUUCUCUGCGGCGAUUUUUGCCGCGACGUUUUGCUUUGCUUGCGUUAUUGCUGCUGGUACCGAUAAUGAGCUGAACUGGACCAAGUCUCUGGAGUCACCUUGGGGCAAAGAGUUGCUGUGGUGCAAAGAAAACUGGGCGGAGAUUUCCGAGCGAGAGGAGCCGCCGGAAGUGGCGCAGUGCAUGCACCGCUUGCUGCUCAGCGUGGUACCCCGAUGGCUGACGCCAGAGGGCGUUGCUCAGUUGGGUAUCCCACGCCUGGAUCCCCUGGGCAUCGGAACCAUCAACAUUGGUGGCAAUGGACAGCCUUUCAACGGGCUCUUGGAGAAUAACCUCGUGAAAGGCAUCACAACCGGGCUCACCUUGGAACACUCGUCCGUCAAGUAUGAUCCAGUCACCAAAGAAGCACUUCUCGUGGUUCGAAUCCCAGUUCCCAUGAUGGUAUCUGCUGAUUACAAAGUCAACUUGGACACUGGUGCUUUGUUUGGAACACCCGGUUCAGCAGCUGCAACCACAACUGGUCACGUUGUCGGAGUUGCCCGUGAUGUUGUGGCACACCUGAAUGUUGCCAUGACCAAGGCAAGAAAUGGAGAACUCAGAGUCAGGUCAUCCAGGAGCAGCUUUGAGGUCCAGUCCUUUGAGCUGAAUUUCAAGGGUCAUAAUCCCAAUGAUGUUUUGACCACUUUCCUGAACACAGCACUGUCAACAAAUGAAGCAACGCAGCCGAUUUUGGAUCUGCUCAAACCUCCUGUCAAUAAUUUUUUGGCAAAAAGCGUCGGAUCCUUGUAUCACAGGGGCUGGAAAGUUUUGCAAGAUCUUUGAAUUCCAAAUUCUACACUUCUUGCUUGCUUUUCAAAUUUAUCUCUUUUUUCUCAGAACCAAUCAUGUCGCGUAUCUGUGAUUCUGGAUUUCGAAGACUUUUGUUCUUGUCGAGGGCAUUAUAAAAUUGAAAAAUGAAACAAAAAUUAGGUUGUGUUUUGAAAAUAAUAAUUGCUUGGGAUUCCAUUUUUAAGAUUACACUACACCAGAGAUUAAAAAAAGAGGGACGUUUGAAUAAUAUAUUCUGACAUUUGCCUGGAGAACAAGAGUCAAGUAUAUCCGACACUUCGAAACAUUUGAAAAAUUGAACUGAAAUUUGAAUUGCUGACGAUUGUGGAUUGCAACAAGUGCAUUUUAUGAAUAUUCGAAAUAAAUAUAAUAUGUUCUGUGUCUGAA